ACGGUAAUGACUGUGUUUAGGUUUCAUUGGCUAGAUAAAUCAACGCAUUUCUGAGAAUAAAUAUUCAAUAGAAUAAAACGUUCAAUGAAAAAGUACUUUGUCUAGAAUUUUAAACACACAGAAUGAAUUCCGAGCUCAACAUCCUACUGGAAACCAUUAACUUUGCUGCGGAGAAACAUAGAAACCAGCGCCGCAAAGACCCUGAUGCCACUCCAUACAUCAACCAUCCCAUAGGUGUGGCCAGGAUCCUCAGUUAUGAAGGUGGAAUCACAGAUAUUGAAGUUUUACAAGCAGCAUUGCUUCAUGAUACUGUAGAAGACACGGACACCACUUUUGAAGAACUAAAGGCAAAGUUUGGAGAUACAGUAGCAAGGAUAGUCCAAGAGGUGACCGAUGACAAAACUUUGCCAAAACAAGAAAGAAAAUUGCUCCAAGUGGAACAUGCACGCCACUGCAGCCAGCAGGCCAAACUGGUCAAACUGGCUGAUAAGCUUUAUAACCUGCGUGAUCUUAAUCGCUGCACCCCUGUUGGAUGGACAGCAGAACGGGUCCAGGAGUAUUUUGUAUGGGCAGCUCAGGUAGUAAAAGGAAUACGUGGAACCAAUGCUGCACUCGAAGAGAAGCUAGCACAGCUCUUCAGAGAGAGAAAUGUGGAAAUGUGACGAUGAUAAAAGACCAUUACGUGUGCUGCAGCUCUGAUCCCAUAGUAGUAAUGAAUCAGAUGCAUUUUUGUUCAUUGUUUUUGCUAAAUAAAUGCAUUACUUUGUUAUUGACAAGAAUAAAGUAAAAGAUUAUUAUUUA